GCAGGCUGCAUGUGGGCCUUAAGUUUGACUCCCCUGGAAACAUGUUUUUGUCCAAAUUCCAUCUUGUUUCUUUCUCAACUGAGGUUACUUACCAAAACGCUUCAAGUAUCUGAUCCAGCCCACCCCUGGAAUUGAUUAAUCCAACAUUACUCGCCAUUUUUGUUGCUCCCCUCAUGUUACGUUGGGGUUGUGAGGGGCUGUAAGCUAGCAGGAGAGCGUGUAAACAAAGGGAUGAUGGGAAAUGAGGGCAGACUUACUCGGAUAGACGGGCCCACAACUCAGAGGUUAAUUUUUAUAAACUACCAUUGCUCUGCCGGAACUUUGUCCUAAAAAACGGCACAGUUAUUUUUAAUUUUUUUUUUAAUGCUUUGAAAAUAGAUCAAAAGAUGAUUGGAGUUGGACCUUAUACCUGCUCAGUUGUUUUCUUGUUCAUUUUGCUCAACCUAAAAAUGCAUUUCCCGCCUUUUUUUAAAUAUUAAUAUAUUUACCGUGUUUAUUUCCACUUUCAGUCUCAGCUUGAUGGUGUUCAUAUAUUUUUAAUAGCUGUAAGGAAGUGCGGCCCCAGUAGCCACUUUUGCUCGCUUUACAUCCGGUCUAUGACGUCAUCGCCUCUCGGCUUGUUUGUACUAGUGGCGCACGCGGCGCAUUCAGCUCAUCUGCCCCGCGAGCUCAGCAGCAGCAGGAGCUCAUAGCGCGCGGACAAACGCUCCUUUAAAACAACAACCUGCGCUCUUUUCUUUCUUUUUUUUUCUUUAAAUCCUCCGCUCACAUCUGGAUACGUCGGCUGUUUCUCCGUCUGCUGUUAUUUUUCUGCGCCUGCCCGGACCUUCAUGGAAGCUCUUCUUUUCACAAUGAAAGGAAGGUGACCUGCAAGCAUCCCGUCUCAGGCCUGCCCUCACAAGACAACUGCAUCUUUGUCAUCAACGAACAAUCUGCCUCUAAAGUGCCAGCGAAUGAGAAGAAAGACCGACCGCAGAGCAUCAUGAGUGAGGCCUCCAACUACACAGGCAGCUCUGACUGCACCACCAAUGCCAACAGUCCAGCAGGACGGCCCUCAAGAUCUUCCAAGAAGAUCCAUAACUUUGGAAAGAGAUCCAACUCCAUUAGACGGAAUCCCACGGCUCCAGUUAUCAAGAAGAACUGGCUUUACAAGCAGGACAGUACGGGCAUGAAACUGUGGAAAAAGAGGUGGUUCGUCUUGUCUGACCUGUGCCUCUUCUACUACAGAGAUGAGAAAGAGGAGGGGAUUCUUGGCAGCAUCCUCCUACCGAGUUUUCAUAUAUCCAAAUGUGCUGAGGACGACCACAUUAAUAGAAAAUAUGCUUUCAAGGCCACACAUCCCAACAUGCGGACGUACUAUUUUUGCACUGACACGGCCAAAGAGACAGAGUCCUGGAUGAGAGUAAUGACCGAUGCUGCGCUGGUGCAUUCAGAACCAGUCAAAAGUGCAGCCGCUCAAGACCAAGUGGGACUAAACUCGCACAGACCUUCCACAGGGAUGGGUGUGUGCUCCUUGGGGGUAGAUCAGCUAAAAGUGGGCCAGUGUGGACCGCAGGAGACUCACCAUGUUGCCAACCACAAACCGCCGCUCACGCAGCCUGAAAUCCAGAACAACCAACGCAACCGGGAGUCCGCCUGUGAACGCAUCGUCCCCGUCUCCUCCAGCACAGACGAAGAGGAGAGGAAGCUGCGCGACGCCGAGCGCUACGGCUUCCAGAAGGACGGGUCAGAGCGUGAGCGUCCGCUAACCAAGAUCAACAGCAUCAGACUGCAGCCGGUCCAGGCGGAGGCCGUCAAGUCCAACGUGACCUCGCCGCAGCCGCUCACGGAGGUCGACCGGCCAUAUCAGGCUCCUCAGGUGAACGGAUCAGAAGAGCCACGUCCUCCUGAAGGGACCGGCCUCCCUCAUCAGCCUAGCUCCACCGGCGAUCCGGACCGCAGCCUGAGCAGGACCAGCUCCAUGCAGCAGCUGGAGCAGUGGGUGCGGACACAAAGAGGACGUAAUCAGGAUGAGGACACACGGAGCAUCACGUCUUACCAAACCCUCCCCAGAAAUAUGCCAAGUCACCGGGUACCUUACAUGCCAGCUUAUGGAGAUGGCUACCGCAGCAUGCCCAGGAACAGCAUGGCGCAGCGGGACAGCAUCUGCAGCAUGUCGCCAUCUCUGUACGACCAGGCCCUGGGCCCCUCUGUUGCCGAGAAGCGCCGCUCCAUGCGGGACGACACCAUGUGGCAGCUGUACGAGUGGCAGCAGAGGCAGGCCUACACCCGGCAGUCGGGGCUUUACAGCGGCAUGGCCAGUCCCAAAACUAUGGUCAACUUGUCUGACCACGCGGCACCAAACCACUCCAUCCCACCAUCGCCGUCCCACGGCUCCCUGUCCAUGUACGGCGGCUAUUCUCCCAUGCGGUCCUACAGCAUGGCGGGCGCUCGUUCAGAAGUGUCUUCUCCCAUCUACAGAAGAGACAUGAGUUUAGACAGAAGACACAGGCCACCCAUCAACAAGUACAUCUACCCACCCGAUAGGAGGUCCAUGCCUGCAGGGAUCCCAGUCCAGACCAUCACUGCCCAGUCGCUCCAAGGAAAAACUCCCGAGGAACUGACUCUGCUGCUGAUAAAGCUGCGGCGGCAGCAGGCAGAGCUAAACAGUAUCCGGGAGCACACUGUAGCGCAGCUUAUGCAACUUAACAUGGAUGGCGACAACCCAAAGAACGACAUUCUCUCCCAUCACCUCCAAAGGAACCUCAUGUAUUUGGACAAUCAGAUCAAGGAAAAUGACCCUUUAAUCGUCAUGACUCACUCUUUGAUUGAGAACUCUGCCCCACGGCCACAAGUUUAUCAGCAAUUGAGUCCAGAAGACUACAGGGAACAAGCCUAUACAUGUGUGCCAGAGGAAGUGGAUACUGAUACUAAACUUAGCAGGUUAUGUGAGCAAGAUAAAGUGGUGAGAGCGCAGGAGGACAAACUUCAGCAGCUGUACAGAGAGAAGCACACGCUGGAGACAGCACUUCUGUCAGCCAGUCAGGAAAUAGAGCUGGGCUCUGAGAACUCGGCCGCCUUGCAGAGUGUGAUCCAGCAGAGAGACUUGCUGCAGAGUGGCCUCCUCAGCACCUGCAGGGAGCUGACCAGAGUAACUGCUGAAGUGGAGCGAUCGUGGAGGGAAUACGACAAGUUGGAAGCAGAUGUGAUUUUAGCCAAAAACAACCUGCUGGAGCAGCUGGAAGCCCUGGGAAGCCCACAGACGGAGCCUCCCAGCCAGCAGCAUGUGCGCAUCCAGAAAGACUUAUGGAGGAUUCAGGAUGUGAUGGACGUUCUGAACAAACACAAGGAGCAGAGAAAUGCCUUUGAUGAGAUGGGCUUCGGUGGACCUAAGGCUAACUUCAGUAAACAUAAAAAUGAGGCGGAGGAUUUGGUACCCCCAAGACCACCCCUACCCCAGUCUUAUGAGCCCAACUCCCCCAUCGCACCCCCUUUGCCCGCUCAUGCUGGCGUGCGCCCUUCGUCCCUCCACAGGCCAGAGGACAGAAAGGCCAACCAGAGGAAUGGCACUCACAGCGGUCCAGACUACAGGCUUUACAAGAGUGAACCAGAGCUCACCACAGUGACCGAGGUGGACGAGAACAAGGACGAGGACAGAUCUGAAAACGCGUCUGACAGAGAGCAUGCUGCAAGCAAAGGAAUGUCUUACCCGGUUGGCAUUGUCCCACCCAGAACCAAAUCUCCAGUGCCUGAGUCUUCCUCUAUAGCGUCCUAUGUCACACUGAGGAAGAGCAAGAAGCCUGAUCCCAGGACGGAGCGUCCACACAGUGCAGUGGAGCAGCAGCUGUGUGCUGUGGAGAGCAACCGGCCCCGCAUGAGCGUGGAGGAGCAGCUGGAGAGGAUCCGCCGGCACCAGCAGGGCACCCUCAGGGAGAAGAAAAAGGGCGCUCGCAUCCGCAGCAGCAGCCAGGACAACACCCCUUCUCGCAGUCACUCCUUUGCUGGUUACAAUCACUACCACAGCAUGCAGUCUCACAUGAGACGCAGAGAUCAGGUGAUGAGCAGCAACAUUCAGGAGCUGGAGGCCUCUCUGAGGCAGCAGGAGGUGGUGAGGAGGCAGGAGACGCCCUCGGAGGAAAUAGCUCGUCUCAAGGAGUCCUUACAGGCUGAGGACUUUAAUGUGGACCGAGAGCUGUCUGUGCCUGAUAAAGUGCUGAUUCCCGAGCGUUACAUUGAAUCUGAUCCUGAGGAAGCUCCGAGCCCAGAGCAGGAGGCUGACAAGCAGAGGAAAGUCGAUCGUAUCAAAGCCCUUAUCGCCAAAAACAGCAUGCAGAAUGUUCUACCUAGUUUGGCUCUAAGCCCAGAAGAAGACCAUGAAGAGGAGGUGACCGUUCUGCAGAAGGAGAAGAUGAUUAAUAUUUCCUAUGAGAUAGCUGCAGAGGCUUCCAAGCGCAGCAAGGUGGUAGCAGUGAAAAGCCUAUCAUCAUCCUCUUCCCCACCCUUUCCACAGUCUCCAAACACACCCUCUCAGCUCACUGACGGCUCUCACUUCAUGUGUGUGUAGUUGCACCACACAGGCUCUGGCCUCAGUGAAGACCUACACAUGAAGGAAACGGCAGCAGAGGGGUGUGAGAGAGGCAGAAUUGCUCUUAGUGGACCUUCUUCCAAUAAAUCAGCACAAUAGACUGACCUACAAACAGUGAAACUGCCUAUUUCAUCCUCACAGGGCAUGACUUCUGACUUCUGUGUGCUCACUGUGACAUCUUCUAUGCCAUUCUGACUUUUCUUUUAUGAUCCCAUGUAGGCAGCGACUUACUUUUUAUGGUUUUAAUGGUCUAAUUUUAAUAUUUUGUUUACCUAUUCAUGUUUUCUUUUGCUGGUAAGUGAGCCAGUGUACAUCUGUAUGAAUGGGAUGCUAAAAGACUGGACUAUGUUGAGUCUAAUGAUCUCUGACAGUAUAUUCUAGGCUACAUGUGCUACCACCUGUUAAAAACCUAAAAAUCUGCAUUUAUUUACUUAUUUCAUUGAUAAAUUAUAUAGCUAUUAUUUUUAGACCCAGACAGUUAGCUAAUGAGUCAUAUUUAUUCAUUUACUGUAAAGAACAUUUGCCUAUGCUAAUAAGUCAUGUAGAAAAUAUUAGAUUCCUAUUAGAUUCCUCUAAUGUAAUAAACAGAGGAGCCACUUUAACUGCUGAUGAAGAUUCUUUUUGUAUUUUUUUGUGUUUGUGGUUAAUAAUUUAAGGAUGGGAUUUACAGCAACUGGCACAUUGUUGCCUAUAUAUAUAUAUAUAUGAAUGUUUCCGACUUGUCAUCCUUCACUGUCCUUUUUAUGACAGAUCUAUUUAAAUGAAGAGAAGGAUAAACGUCACAGAGUGAUUCUAUUUUAAGAAAAGUUGGUUUUAAGCCCUUGAGCUGUAACAAAACAGAUUAGCUUGUGCAAAAAAGCAAUAAAAAAACAAAGCCUUUUUGUGAACUGAAUUUAAGAUGUUUGUUUUUUCUGUUUGUACAAAGUGUAAUUAUCAGAGGUUUACUGUGUAUAUAAUGUACAUGGUACAUCUGGAUGGGAGGACAUGCCCAGCAUAGGUUACAUACCUAAUAUGAUUUGCAUAUGUUCAUAUCCCAUCUGUUUUAUAUCAUGUUAAAUAAACGUGGCUGUUCUUAAAUAUC